AUGAGUUUGCACGUCAACUUUUCAACGCACGGUCAAGACCUCAAGAACGCCUACAACGCCGUUCUGAGCGACAGCGACCCAACCGAUUGGCUUAUAUACUCGUACGACAAGGGCACCAAUGACAUUCGCGUACAGGGCACUGGCGAUGGCGGUCUCGAGGAACUCAACGAUGAAUUUAGCGACGGCAAGAUUCAGUUUGCUUAUGCCCGGGUUCUUGACCCAAACACCGAACUGCCUAAAUAUGUCUUCAUUGCUUGGUGCGGCAGUGGUGUUCCAGAAACGCGUAAAGGUUUCUUCAACUCGCACUUGGUUGAAGUCUCAAACUUUUUCAAGAGCUUCCACGUUCAAAUCAAUGCCCGUGAUGAGGCGGACGUCGAGCCUGAACUUAUCGUAAAGCGUGUCUCCGAAUCAUCGGGUGCCAAAUAUAGCGUGCAUAAAGAACAGCGUCGAGCACAACCUGCUGUCACUCCCGUGGGCUCGGUGUACAAGAAGACCGAGGUUCCAGAUAUCGCUGCUAUGCAACGCGAAUCCAUGAAGAAGGAUGGUCCACCUGCUCCUGUGGGCACCAAUUACAAGCCUGUAUCAACGGCACCCAAGCCAUUAGCGAGUCGAUGGAACGCUGCUACACAACAGCAAGAUUCUGGAGCAGCUGCUGUCCGUGCUGAACGUGAAAAGGCUGAACGCGAAGCACGCGAACGUGAGGAACAAUCGGCACGCGAUCAACUGGAAAGAAACAGAGCGGGAGAGGAACAGGAGCGUCAGCGAUUGGCACAGGAAGAACAAGAUUCACAGCAACGCGCUGCUGCUGCACGAGAAGCCGCCUCGCAACGAGAGAGAGAAGCUGCUGCUGCUGCUGCUGCUCAGCGUGAACAAGAGGAAGCUCAACAACGUCAGCAACAACAACAAGAAGCAGAGCAGGCAAGAUUGCAUCAGGAACAAGAACAACGUGAAGCUGAAGCUGCCGAACAACGACGUCGGGAAGAACAGGAAGCUAAACGCCAGCGUUUGAAGCAACAGCAAUUGGAGGAUGAAAGACGAGAACAAGAAGAGCAAGAAGCAGCUGCUGCAACACGUCAGGCAGAGCAAGAAGCUACUUUGCAUAACCAGUUGGACGAAACUGCGGAUCGUGCUGUGCACUCUGCUACCCAUGCAGCUAGUGCUGCCAUUGCUGGUGACGGUCAAGACGAUGGAGCACAGGGUGUCUCUGCAGUGGUGCUUUUUAAUUAUGCUGCAGGAGAAGCCAACGAAAUGACCUUGGUUGAAGGCGAAGUUAUUGGACAAAUCGAUCAAGUGGAUGAAGGUUGGUGGUUCGGUGUCAGUGAAGAUGGCAAGAAGCAAGGUCUUUUCCCAGCCAACUACGUACAGCUUUUGGAGGAAGAAGAACAGCAACAACAGCAACAACAGCCUCAAGCAGCAGCAGCUGCAGCCCCUGCAGCCCCUGCAGCCUCUGUCGCUGCCAAUGGUGUUCAGUCGCCUCCUGCUGCCAAGCAGGAUCAAGGCAACACGGCCAUUGCUUUAUACGACUAUGCCGCUGGCGAGGAUAAUGAGAUUUCCUUCAAGGAGAACCAGCUUAUUACACACAUUGAAUUUGUCAGUGACGACUGGUGGCAAGGUGUUGCUGCCGAUGGCAAAUCCGUCGGCUUAUUCCCAGGUAAGGAAAAAACAAAAGUGGACCGAGAGGGGGACCAUCCUUGCUUCUUUUCUGUUUACGAUGAGUUGUAUAUUCGGACUGACACCACCUCCACCCAAAUUCGUAUCCAAUAG